CAAUGAAUGAUCUUUAAAACUAUUCACUUGCCGGGGUUCAUAUUGAAUUGAUGUGUAUGAUCAUCCUUCUUUGCCUUUGUGGUGUUUGUACAAUUUCCCUCAAGCCGUUGCAAAUUUAACGAUGGUUGUUAUGAUUGUGUUAAAUAGAGGAGGGCACAGCGGUGUGAAGUGCUGAAAUAGUGGUGAAUAAUGGCUGAGAGAAAUGGGCCUUCUUCGUUCAAGGUUGGUUUUAGAAAGUCAUUGUUUUCGUUCUUUACAAUGACAUCGCUUCUGUUCGUGUUGUCCUGGUUCUUUGUUAUGCAAUCCACGUAUCGUCCUAAUCCCAUGGAGUACAAUCUGAUGCCCAAUUCAAAGCAUUUAUCUGCAUUAGAUGAAUCAGAGUACGAGAUGCUGAAGCAAAAUGUUCAAUCCUCAUUUGGGAACAUAAAACUAGUGAAACAUGGAGGGAAAUGCCACCAAAAUGAUGAACUUGUUAUCAAGGUUUACAUGUAUGAUUUACCCCCAGAGUUCCAUUUUGGACUCUUGGAUUGGAAACCAAAUGGGAGUAGUGUGUGGCCUGAUGUUAGAAAUAAUAUACCUGGUUACCCUGGGGGCUUGAAUUUGCAACAUAGUAUCGAGUUUUGGCUUACAUUGGAUAUUCUUGCAUCAGAAUUCCCUCAAGCUCCUAAGGCUAGGACUGUAAUCAGAGUUAAAAACUCGAGUGAGGCUGAUAUUAUAUAUGUACCAUUCUUUUCAUCUUUGAGCUAUAACCGCUACUCCAAAGGUAAGAAGAAAGAAAAGAAAAAUGGGAACAAGAUACUGCAGGAAAAGUUAGUGAAACAUUUGACAACUCAAGAGCAAUGGAAAAGAUCAGGGGGAAAGGACCAUUUGAUUUUAGCACACCAUCCCAACAGUAUGUUAGAAGCAAGAAUGAAGUUGUGGCCUGCUACAUUCAUUCUUUCAGACUUUGGGAGAUAUCCUCCAAAUAUAGCCAAUGUGGAAAAGGAUGUGAUAGCACCUUAUAAACAUUUAAUCCCUUCCUAUUUAAAUGACAACUCCACCUUUGAUAGUCGUCCAACAUUACUUUACUUCCAAGGAGCAAUAUAUAGAAAAGAUGGAGGUUUAGCAAGACAAGAGCUAUUCUAUCUUCUGAAAAAUGAAAAGGAUGUGCAUUUUUCCUUUGGGAGUAUUCAGAAAGAUGGAAUAAAGAAAGCAACAGAAGGCAUGCGUGCUUCCAAGUUCUGCCUCAACAUUGCUGGUGACACCCCUUCAUCAAACCGUUUGUUUGAUGCCAUUGCCAGUCACUGUGUCCCUGUCAUCAUCAGUGAUGCAAUUGAGCUACCAUAUGAAGACGUGAUUGACUACUCUGAGUUCUGCAUAUUUGUCCCUACUGUUGAUGCCAUCAAAGAAAAUUUUCUUAUAAACUUCAUCCGGGGUAUUAGCAAACAAGAGUGGACCCGGAUGUGGAACAUGUUGAAAGAGAUUGAACAUUUUUUUGAAUUUCACUUCCCUUCUAAGGAAAAUGAUGCUGUCCAAAUGAUUUGGCAGGCCGUCGCACGCAAGGUUCCUGCCAUCAGAUUAAAGCUAAAUCGGCAUGGAAGGUUUUCUAGGUCCCCUCCAAGUACAGACAAAGGACUUAUGUCAAUACCAACACCAAGGAAUUUUUGGUGA